AAAAAGCUGACAUUUUUUUCUUUAAAACGCAAAAUAUCUGGCCGUAUUAUUACCAAAGUUUACCAUAGCUAACUUGAAUCCAAUGAAAAAAGAACAACAAAUUGAGCUUUUGCAAAAGAAAAAUCACAAAGAAUUUAUGAAACCAGAAUGUCUAAAAAAAAAUAUUGAUCGAGUUGUUAUAAAUGUUGGAGGAUCGAGACACGAAUGCUAUAUCAGCACAAUUCAAAACUUUCCGGAUACAAGAUUGUUUUGGAUAGCUGAGACUGCAUUGGCAAUGGAAAAUGUUAACGUUGAGGCUAGUGAAUUUUUUUUUGACAGGCACCCAGGAUGCUUUGAGAACAUAUUAAACUAUUGUCGAACAGGUAGGCUCCAUUGUCCAAAAGAUGUGUGUGGUCCAUUAUUUCAAGAGGAACUUGAAUUUUGGGGCGUUGAUGAAUUGAUGAUGCAGCCUUGUUGUUGGCCAAACUACAGCGAAUACAGAGAAGUUAAUAAAAACUUAAAAAUUUUCCAUGUUGAAGAAGAGGAGCAUUACUCAACUGAAAAUGAACUUGAUGAAUUUUUCAAAGAAAGAGAAUCACAAAAAAAUAUUUCAAAAAAAAUCUGGGAUUUUUUAGAAACACCAAAAAACAGUUACUACGCAAAUAUUGUGGCCGGUGUUAACAUAUUUAUAGUGGUUCUAUCUAUAGCUACAUUUUGUUUGUCAACAGAGAAGUUAUUUAGUAACCAUAAUGAAUUGUUUGCAUCAUUUGAGAAAUUUUACUGCACUUUUUUUACUUUGGACUUGGUUUUAAGAAUAUUAUGUUGUCCUUCAAAGAUUAAACUUUUCAAAGACUAUCUCACGUGGUUUGAUAUAGUCUCGCUUUUACCUUUUUAUUGUGAACUUGCUUUUAACUUAGAAGAAAUUAGAUUUUUGCUACCUUUUCGGUUAUUUCGCAUUUUUCGGCUGCUUCGUUACGUCAAAAAUUUAAGAGGUAUGAUAGUAAUAGGCGAGACAUUAAAAGCAAGUUUUGAACAACUGUUGUUGCUAAUCUUAGUGCUUACAAUUCCAAUGGUAGUUUUUGCAACGAUGGUAUAUUAUGCUGAAAAGAACACAAUAGAUUCUAAAUUUGAGAGCAUUCCACGUUCGUUCUGGUGGGCAAUAAUAACUCUGACCACCGUCGGUUAUGGAGAUAUGUCGCCAGUUUCUUUGGCGGGAAAAAUCAUAGGUGGAUUUUGUGCAACUUUCGGUAUACUUAUGUCUGCACUUCCCAUAUCUGUAAUUGGAAGUAAUUUUUCUUUUUAUUAUUCCUACGCAAAAGCAAAAAUGGAACUUCCAAAGCACGAACUUAAAAUGUUGGUAAAUGCAGAUCAAACACUGAAAGGAAAAACAGAUGGUGAAUUGAAAACACUCAAUAGAAAACGCCGACAUGCACUGAAUGCCUACGAUAGUACGUUAGAGUAUCGGGAUCACUCGGAGUCUAUCAAAUCCGUACUUAAUCAAACAGUAUCUUUGGCUAAAAAACCAGAAACUUUAAAUUCAAGUAAAGCUAAUGACUACUCGAAUGAAAAAUGCAUCGAAACUUCACUUCAAAACAAUAUACAUGAAAAUGGCUUUGAACAUAAUGUAGGGCUGCGGAGAAAAUCCCGUUCUAACUUAGAAACUUCUUGUAUCGACAUUAAUGCCGAAAAUCAACGUGGUAUCAAUGGUGGCAAUUUAAACGAGAGAAUAACAAAAGCUCGCUCAUUCACUACAAUUGAGCACAGUAAUAGCGACCCAAUAAAAAAUGAUAAUCUAUAUUCCGUAGACUUAAAUAAGUUAAAUCACGAAAAUAAAAGAACCAUUCAUCUCGAUAUUGGACAGUAUCAACCCACAAAGUUAAGCAACCGGGAUAGAGCAGACAUACGCCGUAAAAUUAGUCACACUCAUUUUCAGAAAAAUAAUCCGCAAAUAAAUGAGAUAAAACACCGUUCCUUGUCUAUAAUAAGACAAGAAACCGUUAACAAUGAAGUAUUAGUUUGGUGCGACGAAUUAAAGGAAAUUAGUUGUAAAUGAAUAAUUAACUGAACGAGCCCAAAAAAAAAUUAUUAACUAUGUCAAACUUUUUACAUUCUAAUAAUCGUUGUUGUUAAUAAAUAAAAUAAGAGUUAGAGACUUUAAUAAGUUUCCGUAAUUUUUUUAAAUAAAAAUUUUGAAAGUUA